AUGACCGAGAAAGAGCUCGAAGAUCGAGCCAAGGAGAAAAAGGCCAAGAAGGUCAAGAAGGUCAAGCUGAACGAGAAAAUGCUUCAGGAAUACAUCACCCUGGAGAAAGCGGUAUUUCGACUGGAGCGCAAGAACGUCAUCAAGAAGUACGAGCAGAAGAUGAUCGCCGCCGAUGAGCUGAAGAAGACGGUCGAUCAAUUGGAAGCUACUUAUAAGGAAUUGAAGAAGCAGACGGAAAAAGAACGGGCAGAUAUGGAAAAUAUCGAGGCAGCCGUCGGUGAAGACCUUCUUGAAAUCGCAGCGAGAGUGAGUUUGGCCAUGUUUAAAUGGACAAACGGAAGGGUUCUUCUCGUGCACGCAAAUACCCAGAUGGCGUUCGGCAUUUCUCGAUGGUCUGAAUUGAAGAAAAUCGAGUCGGCUAACGGCCGGAUGCGCUAUUUCGCGGCCGCCGAGGCCCGCAACAACUUUAUUGCGGCCGGCCAGAACGUGCAGAGUUGUCGUGUGUACUUGGGAAAGGUGCAAUUCCCGUACGCGACGGAGGAUGAGAUGACCGAGAUGGAAAAUACGGUCAACACCGCCUUCAAGGACGUACAAAAUGAUGGCACUAUUGAUAAGGCCGGUCGUGUUUUCCAAGAAACACAUGUCAAUCACGUCACUUAUCCAAUGUGCAAAGAAGAACUGGGCCACGAUAUGAGCUUCGAAUAUGACCAUGUGGCGGACAACAGUUGGAGAAGGAGCUACUGGCACUCGAAGAAGAAGCGCUGCGAGACGAACAAUUCAGCCGUACCGACAGUC